GAUGCUCACUUUUGGUUCCCAAGCUCGCAAUGCGCAGAUGGCGUGGGCCGAUCAUGUUGUCAUGUUGUCAAAAUUCAUGGCCAAAUUCUGCAACUACAUUGUGUUGCGCCUUCCUGCAAGGUACAACAAUUCCUUUGUGCACUUCGCUUCAGUGGUGGAUGGUUCUCGGAAGAAUGUGCCGCUGACCAGCGCAAGGGAUAUCUGGGGUGUUGGUGCUGAGGCGCUCUUGGUGCGAAAUUUCCUCAGUGCUUUCAGUGUCAGAAGCUUCUCACCAUGGUUGAGGGAGUGCUUGCCGGACAUUCAGGGGAAGGUGGUACUUUGCGAUGCUCUUGCUUCCUUGGCCGUGUGUACCGUGACCGCUCCGGUUCACCAACUCUUCAACUUUUUGGCCACCACUCCAGAGGCCAAGUCGCUCGGUCUCUCUGAGCGAUGGACCAUGGCCCGAAGGUGGGCGAGCGAACGGUCGCCCGAUGUCGCGACCGCCGCUUGAGGCAACCUAGAAGCAAUGGCCUGCGAUGGCCAAUGGCCUCCAACCUAGCAGCGAUGACCUCCACCCUGCUAGCGAUGUCCACCCGACUGGCGAUGGCCUCCAGGAAUCCUGAUGCAUGGUUUUGUGAAGCUGCCAGGUUCCUGCGUGAGCAGUACUUUCUGCCACUUCCACGGGAGGUGAUGCUGACAGACCUCAGCAAAGUUCCUGAGCAAGAGUACAGUUGGAGGA